AUGCCCAUCGACUGGAAAUCCCAGGAGAGCUACCAGCGCCUGCUCGCCGCGCUUGUGGCUGCUAGCGACAACAGCAUUGACUACAAGAAGGUGGCCUACUUCUUCGGUCAGGGCGCGACCUAUGAUUCGAUCGAAGGCCGCUUUCGCAUCGCCAAGCGCAUGGCGAACGACUUGAAGAAGGAAGCCGAGGAUGAGGGUCGCCAGAUGCCGACCACCAGGGUCAAGAGCGCCAACAGUACUCCGCGCAAGCCUAAGGCCAAGCCGAACGGCGAACACUCUGUUGCAUCGGGCCGCGUCGAGAAGUCGCCCUCCAAGAAGCAGCGCAGGCCUACCACCUCCAAGUUCAAGCAGGAGCCGCAGACUCCGACUUCUCUCAACAGUGACGACCACGAGGGCACCGAGCAGCAGCAGCCCUCGCAUGCUGCGGAGGCUUUCCAGCACUCCAGCUCGUUCCUGUACGGUGACAACGAAGAUUUCUUCAACAGCUUCGACACCGAGAGCGUUUGA